CAAUAGUAAAGCGUCUGUGGGUCUGAAGUGGAGCAGGGGCCCUAGUUAAACUCGUGUACAAAAUUGCGCAAAUAACCAGUCGAAAGCGAAAUACGUAACGCAGUUUCAAUGUUAACGAAAUUCCGAUAAAGACGUUUUGCUUUAGUGCAGGCGUAAACAUAUUCAACUGUUAUCAUCGCAAGCGAUAUAUUAACUCAGUUGUUACACUGCGCGCGUUCAAUAAACUAAUCUCCGUCAGUUUACGUUGAAAAAUCUCCAAUAUGAAGCGAAGAAAUUAGCGAUGUUUUGUGUAGUUCGGAAUUUGACUUUUUUAUAACAGCAAUAAUAACAACUCAAUUUAUGUUUUCCAGAAUUGUGUAAACUAAUAAAAUGUGUAUGAACCCUCUCUCUUUAGUAUCGGCACAAAGGCCCAAUAUAGUAAAGUUGAUUGGGCUAAAUUUUCUCUGGCGCUGGAUAUUCCGGUGCAGGCAGAAUUUCUUUGAACGCGAAUAACUCGAGGGAAAAUUUAGCUUGAGAUGAGUUUGCUUUUGGAGUUAAGUUUCCUUGCGCGCGAUUUCCAUGGGAGCGAAAUCUCGGAGAAGGAAUUCCAGCAACGAUCUUUCCGGAGAAGAAUAUUCUGGAUACAGAUUCUGUGCUUUUGCACUUGCUCUAAUAUUCAACAUUAUUUGUGAGAUCGUUGCGUUGCGAAGCAAUAAUGUUGUUUUGGUAGCACCAUUUCCACUUGACCUUAUGUCUAUAAUAAAAAAACUGCGUUAACGAGCGAACAUUCUUAAUCUAUGCAUUUACACGUAGUAUUAUCUCAAAUUACCUAAAACAAUAAAGAUUUCUCACGCUUUAACAGCGAAUUGUAUGCAAAUGGAGAAUGAAAACCCUUAUCAUAGCACCGCAACCCGGACCACAUUCUACUUUCCCCUGUGCACGGCAAAACGAUGGACGCAAGUGAAAUAAAUAACAUGAAGUGUUGCAAGGAAACAGAUCUAAAUGAAGAUCCUAAAAUCAUUGGGAAUGAUUUGCAGAUGAUUCGCGAUUGGUUAAGGAAACAACCACAUCUAAAAGUUCGAGAGGAUGAUGCAUCCCUUUUAAUCUUUUUGAGAAGCUCGAAAUACAGCAUUCAACGUGCCAAAGAAAAACUCGACAAUUACUACUCAAUGGUCACGCUGCUUCCAGAGUUUUUUGCCAACCGCGAUCCUUUCGCUCCUGAUAUACAAGAACUAUUACGCGUGGGUACCAUGGUUCCAUUGCCAAACACAAUUGGUGAUUGUGGACCUAGAAUUAUUCUCUUUGCAUUCGAUUAUGAUGCUGAUCUCGUACCGUACACAACGUUGAUAAAAGCAUGCCUCAUGCUUUUGGAUAUACUAAUGGUUGAAGACCUCAACACUGUUGUAUCCGGUGUUUAUCUGUUGUCAGAUCCGGCGAAAUGCGCUCUUAAUUAUAUCUUACAGUUUACUCCGUCUUACAUAUCGAAGCACGUCUACUGCAUGGAAACUGGGUACCCUUUGAGACUCAAAGGUAUACAGGUCGAGAAUUGCCCGGCGGCCAUGGAAGCUGCGGUGAGAUUUCUUAGAAAUUACUUAAAUGGGAAAAUUAGUAAACGGUUGCACGUCUAUAGCGCGGACAGUAACCCAAACGGUUUGAAGAAGGAAAUUCCGCUGGAACUAAUGCCCAUAGAAUACGGUGGAAAGAAUGGUUCAAUGAAGGAACUGGGAGUCAUAUGGAAAAAGAAAAUGGAGUCCUACAGCGAGUGGUUUCGAGAUGGUACUAAAUAUAAGACAAACGAAAGUCUCCGAACUGGCAUGCCCAAGACUACAGAUAAUGAACUUGGGAUCGAUGGAUCAUUCAGGAAAUUAGUUAUUGAUUAACUUGAAUUAACUUGAAUUAAUAUUACUUAAGUAAUUAAUAUAUCACUUGCACUGUUCAUGUAAACCUUAUAUAAUGUUGAGCGCAAAGCCCGAUCAUUGGUCGUUUUUUCCCAAUCUUAGGAAACUUUCAAUUUUUUUCAGAUUUUUUAUAAAUUAAAUUUUUGCCAGGGCCCCUUUUAAGUCGGAGCCCGUCCUAAUUGUGUACAUUUGAGACAUUGUAGUUACGCCACUGGUUGACCAUAGGUUUAUAGACAUAAAGGAUAGUUCCAGAAACAAAGUUAACACUAAAAACUGUCGCUGUUAAACACUCUCAGUGAAAGCAAGGUUUUGUGAAAUGUAAUUGUAAAAAUAAUUGCGCAACCAGAACAUGCAAUUGUUUAAAGAAAGAAGUGAGAUGCAACUCAGAAUGCCACUCAUCAUCAAAUUGCAGAAAUAAAUAAUUAAUUAACAAUACGACUAUUUGUUUUCUUUAGUUCUAUAUAUUCAUAUAAUUAUAUAUGUAUGUUUUGACAUAAAAGUUUAUGCUGUUA